AUGAGAGACUUGAGCUCAUGUCUGCCCAUUUCCUCAAAAGGAGAAACUUUCCUAAGAUCUCCCAGUCUAUCAACUAAACUAAACACCGAGAUGCACCCAGCAUUCGUAGAAAGGCACCAGUUUAUUGUUUAUGUUUUCUGGGGAUAUAAAUGGGGUGUUUCAUACAUUUCAGAUGGGAGAAUAUGGAAUUCUGAAGUUGUGAAAGUUAUUCAAUUUCCAACACAGAUCCUAGAUGGUAAGAUUUUGAGAACUAAGAAUGAAGCAGUGCUCCUCCCAACGACUCCUAAGCCCUCCCACGACUCCUUCCCCUCCCACGACUCCUUAAGCCCCGCCCCCAAGUAUGACUCGGCGUGGCACGAGUGGUCAGCAGAGGUCCUUCGGGGCAAGAGAGAGCCAUACGACCCUACGGAGAACGAGAUCCCCCAGGGGCCUUGGGGUCCGUGGGGCACCCCGGGCCCUUGCUCCAGGACGUGUGGGGGCGGAGUCAGGACGGCCAUGAGGGAGUGUCGCGGUCAAAGUGGGUCCCCUACUGAAAGCCGCAACCCAAAAGUGCGAGCUGAACUGCCAGCCCUGGGCGCAGAGUUCUACUACAGCAGGCCACUGGAAGGUCUCGUUGGAUUGGGACACCCCUGUGAUGAUGACGGGCGCCCCCGUCUGCUGGCAUGGGCGGCUGUUAUGCCAAUCGGAUGCGACCGCAAGCUCGGCUCGACGGCCAAGGAGGACAAGUGUCGAAUCUGUGGCGGCGACGGAUCGACCUGUAACACAAUCAAGGGAACUUUUACGAAAGAGAUUUUAACGGUCGGCUACAACGACAUCUUCCUCAUACCGGCCGGAGCAACAAACAUCUACGUUGAGGAGAUGGCCGUCUCACACAACUACCUGGCCCUCCGAAACACCAGCGGCCACUUCUACCUGAACGGUGACUGGCGAAUCGACGCCCCGAGGUCAUUCAAGGUCCCGGGGUCACCAGGCGAGGUCGCGAGGUUCAGGCGAGGUCACGUCGUGGCGACCUUCCACUACGAGCGGAGGGGGGGCAGGAGGACGUGGCUGGUUUUCUUCUCCCGGAGGCCUGAAGACCGCAACGUGACCUGCGUCCGGACGAGUGACCUUGUUUCCCGUGGCCGAGUACCUGUAUGGCAGCUCGGCGCCUGGACUCCCUGCUCCAGCUCCUGCGGCGAGACUGGCCUUCAGUUCCGCACCGUCUUCUGCUCGCGACGGUUCGGCCAAGAAGGACUCCUCGCGGUCGUGGAGGACUCGGAUUGCCUGGAGGAGGACGCAGGGCGGGAGGCGUGGCAGGAGGGGGCGUGGUCAGAGGAGGAAGAGGAGGCGGGGCAGGGGGCGUGGCAAGAGAGGCCCUCGAGUGUGAGGGAGUGUAAUAGGGAGCUGGCUUGUCCCUCCUGGCACGUUGGGGCCUGGACGCCGUGCAACAAACUUUGUGGACCCGGCAAGCAGACUCGAAAAGUCACUUGUCAUCGCCGGAGCGCCAAUAGGCCCGUGGCACUGGACGACGCCGAGUGCCUGGAGGAGAAACCGGAAGAGGAGAAGGAGUGCCAGUUGGUGCCAUGCGGAGGAGUCGACUGGGUGGCGGGGAUUGGAGUGGGUGCGGGCGGGGCUGCGGCCAGCUGCUGGAGACGCGGCCCGUGCUCUGCGUGGGCCAGAAGGGGGGGUCCUCCCCGGGGCUCUUUUAAUUGCGGUCGGGGCUGCGGCCAGCUGCUGGAGACGCGGCCCGUGCUCUGCUGCGGGCGAGGCUGCGGCCAGCUGCUGGAGACGCGGCCCGUGCUCUGCGUGGGCCAGAAGGGCGGCGUCCCCCCCGGGGCUCUUUUAAUUGCGGCGAGGCUGCGGCCACUGCUGGAGACGCGGCCCGUGCUCUGCUGCGGGCGAGGCUGCGGCCAGCUGCUGGAGACGCGGCCCGUGCUCUGCGUGGGCCAGAAGGGCGGCGUCCUCCCCGGUUCCUUCUGCGAGGGCGAGAGAAGGCCGAUCACCUACAGGAACUGCUCGGAUGUCGUGGCGUGCAAGUUCCGAUGGUAUGCUUCCGAGUGGAGUCAGUGCUCGACGUCCAUCGGCGAGGGAGUCCGGACUCGCCACGUCCUCUGCGGAUCCUGGGACGAGAAGGAGGACUUCGUGGGAUCCGUUGCAGAGUCCAGUUGCAGUCCUGCCAAGAGGCUCGUUGCCAUGGAGUCCUGCAAUGGGACGAAGGUGGAAGAGGAGGAAAAGGAGGAGAAGGAGGAAGAGGAGGAGGAGAAGGAAGAUUUGGAUGGGGAGUGGUUCGCCGGGCCUUGGAGUAAGUGCUCCAAGGACUGCGGUGGAGGAACCAUGACGAGGAAGGUUCUCUGCUACAAGAACGGACAGCAGGCGACCGUGCUGAGUGCGAUGCAAUGCCCUGCCCUAUGCCCUGGAGACGUGUAUGAGAUUCUCGGAAUAGAUCGAGUGGACGAAGAAGAGGUGUGUGACGAGGAAGAUGAUGAGGAGGAGACCUCUGGCGACUCGAGCUCCUCCGGUGACCUGACCUCGUCCUCGGGAGAUGACCUUGACCUUGCCUCGGGAGAGACCUUGGCCGACGAAGGGUCAGGAAGAGAGGGAGAGGAGAGCGGAUCCACGGAGUACCCGGCAUCUUCGAAACCCGAAGAAGACGAGGAAGAAAAACGGAAAACAGAAAACGCCGUUUUCUGGCUCCGCUCUAGACGGUCGGCGAAUACUUUAUUAAGCGACGAAGCCGAAGGAUCCGGUUUCGGAUCGUCUGGCUACGGCUUCGACUCCGGUCUCUCAGGUUGGCUCGGCUCGGGCUCGGGCAACGCGUUCGGAUCCGGGAACGAAGUCGAGAUCGACGCGUUCGGAGACGGCAAAAAGACGAAGGAGAAGGGGAAAGGAAAACCCAAGACGAAGAAGGAGAAGGAGAAGGAGAAAGAGAAGAAGAAGAAGCAGAAGAAGAAGAAGAAAUGCCAAGACAAAGAGAAACCGAAGAAAGAGGGAGAGGAGGAGGAGGAGAAUUGUCUACAGUCGGCCUUCGGAUGCUGUCCCGAUAGGGUCACCCCCGCUGCGGGUCCCUUCCAAAAAGGCUGCCCGAAGGUGUCCUCCUGUCGGGACACCCUCCACGGCUGCUGUCCCGACGGCUUCAGCAUCGCUCGAGGUCCCGACGGCGAGGGCUGCGAAGGGGGCGUGGCAGGGGGCGUGGCCACACCUCUCUGCGCCAACGCCCUCUUCGGCUGCUGUCCCGACGGGGUCACCGAGGCCGAGGGCGCCGACGGGGAAGGCUGCGAGGGCCUGAUGGAGUUCGACUGCGGGAAGAGCGAAUUCGGCUGCUGCCCCGACGGCGUGUCCCCGGCCAAGGGCGUGGACUUCCGCGGCUGCGAGGACGUGGAGUGCGAGGGCUCCGGGCCCUGCGAUGACACGACCUGGUGCCCCCACCACCCUCCCCCUCUCGAGAGUGAGUGGGAGUGGGAGAACGGAGAGGGAUGCUGUCUGAGCAACGAGUUCGGGUGCUGUCCGGAUAAUAUUCGGGAGGCCAAGGGGCCCUUCCAUCAAGGUUGCGGCUGUGAGUUCAGCGCGUACGGCUGUUGUCCGGAUAACGAGACGGUCGCUCGCGGUCCGAAUAACGAGGGAUGCGGGUGCCAGUACACGCCCCAUGGCUGUUGUCCGGAUAACCACACCCCCGCUGGCAGUGCGAAUAAGGAGGAGGGUUGCCCGUGUCACAGCUUCGAAUUCGGGUGUUGUUCGGACGGCGUCGGUAUCGCUCGGGGACCCAAUGGGGAAGGAUGCGGCUGCCAGUACUCCCCCUACGCCUGCUGCCCGGACGGCAAGACCCCCGCCAGCGGCCCCGACCUGGAGGUGGCCUGCGGGUGCGAGUCCUCGAGGUUCGGCUGCUGCCCCGACGGCGUCACCAAGGCGGCAGGGAGGUUCUUCGAGGGCUGCGAGGCGGAGGAGGCCGAGGUGGAGGUGCCUGGAGAGGUGUGCGGCCACGCCAAGGACCGCGGGCCCUGCGGGAACUUCACGGUCAAGUGGUACUUCGACAUGGACUACGGAGGCUGCAGUCGGUUCUGGUUCGGGGGCUGCGAGGGGAACCUGAACCGGUUCGCUUCCCAGGAGGAGUGCGCGGCGGCCUGCGUGGAGCCGGAAGGAAGGGAAUCGUGCCGGCUCCCGCGGGUGUCGGGGCCUUGCACGGGGUCUAUCCCUUCCUGGUACCACGACCCAGCGAGCGGGACCUGCAAGCCCUUCGUCUACGGCGGAUGCCUCGGGAACAACAACCGGUUCCAGGACAAGGAAAGCUGCGAGGAAAAGUGCGUCAUUCCGGAGAAGACCGGAAAGCUGCGUGAUUCCGGAGAAGACCGACCCUGCCUCCAAGCGCUGACCCCCGGACCCUGCCGUGGCAACUACACCCGGUGGGCGUACAGCCAAGAGACAGAGACCUGCCGGAGCUUCGUCUUCGGAGGCUGCAAGGGCAACGCCAACAACUUCCUGGAGGAGGAGGAGUGCGUGCAGCGGUGCAUGCGCGGCGGCAGGAGAGGAGAGAGGGACCAGUGCUUCGAGUUCGACUAUGGAGGCUGUCAAGGAAAUAGGAACAGAUUCGACUCGCUCCGCCUGUGCCAGCAGCGUUGCCAACGAGGGGGUCCGAAGACGACGACGAUGACAACACUGCUCCCAGACGAUACUUGUCAACGGUACCCUCGCGUGGCCCUGCCCGAGAUGUGCCUGCAACCGGUGGAGGUCGGACCGUGUCGAGGGGCGCUGCCGAGGUUCUACUACGACUCCCGCAGCAACCGGUGUGUCGGCUUCUCGUACGGAGGAUGCAGGGGAAACGCCAAUCGGUUCAUUUCUGCUGAGAUGUGCCAGAGACAGUGUGGCGAGUAUAGGAAUCAAGACUCCUGCAACUUGCAACCGACCUCAGGCCCCUGCAACGGCUCCUUCAGGAAGUGGUACCAUGACCCUUAUGAGAGGCGUUGCAAGCCCUUUGCCUACAGCGGUUGCAAAGGAAACAGCAACAGAUUUUCAACACAGGAGGAAUGCGAGGCUGUGUGUGUCUACCAUGACACCAUCUUGCCGAGAGGGAAUGACACCUUGGAAGCUAAUACGAUGAUCUGCGAAAUGGAAGCAGAUCCAGGCCCUUGUUCGGACGGUUACAAGCGCUGGCAUUUCUCGAAGGAGGAAGGCACUUGCGUUCCCUUCACCUACGGAGGCUGCGGAGGGAACCUGAACCGCUUCAAAAAGUUCAAUUCCUGCGUCGAUUUCUGCUCCGCGGCUGUGGAGAAGUACAGGGGAUCCCUGCCCACGACGACCCAUGACCCCAACGCCAUCAUAGUGCCACGCCCAGGCGGUGCCACGGACUGCCAGGCGGAGAAGAUCGAGUGCCAGCUGUUAAAUUGCCCCUACGGCCUGCAGAAGUCGGUGGACGGCCGCGGGUGCCACGUCUGCUCCUGCUACGACCCCUGCGAGAGGAUGCGGUGCCCUGAGGAGACCCAGUGCGCGGUUGACCUGACCUCGGGGUCGCGCGGGGAUCUGCUGAGGUUGGAGGCCAAGGCGGACGGCGGCCGCUGGGUGGCCGUGUGUCGGAGAGUGGUGAAACAAGCCCGGCCGCUGCCCCCCAGCCUCCGCCCCAUCGCCUCCGAGUGCCAGGACGAGUGCCAGAACGACUCCGGGUGCCACGGCGACCGGAAGUGCUGCCACAACGGCUGCGCCUUCUCCUGUGCCAGUCCGGUGCCAGAGGAGGGGGCGGUGCCUGCGUAUCGACCCCCAGUGACCACGCCGGCCGCCAAGCAUCUACCUCCCGUCCCCACAGUGACCGGCACUCCCGCCCGUAUCGUUGGCACUGACGCCGAGGUGACAGCCCAGGAGAACGACGUGGCAGUCCUGAGGUGCCGUGCCAAGGGAGUGCCAACGCCUACCAUCUCUUGGUACAGGAAGGGGUACCCGGUCGACACAGAGAAGGACACCAGCCGCUUCCGGAUCCUCGUGGGCGGGGCACUGCAGGUGGUCAACACCGAACGGGCUGACGCGGGCGUGUACACGUGCAGGGCUCAGAACGGCGUGGGCGGCCCCGACGAGAGGGAGAGCAGACUGGUUAUCACGACCCCACCCCCCGCCCGUCGCAAAUCAUCCCCUGGGGACGCGGGAGUGGGCGGGUCUUUGCCGGCGACGACGCCUCGACCAAUCCCGUCGUGUCUGGGUGGCUCCGCCCCACUUGUACUGCCGCGCGCGGUGGGUUGGCCCCGCCCCUCUGUCACGUGGUGGCGCGGGAGCAACAUGCUUCCUCUGUCCUCGCCUCAGUUCGAGCACUACCGCCACGGGGUGCUGGUCAUACGCCGGGUGACGCUCCCUUCGCUGGGUCCGUACACCUGCCAGGUCUAUAACGGGCGCGGGAAGGCCAAGUCUCACACGGUCGUCCUUCACGCCCUGGGCCCCGUGCACUCUUUGGAGGCCCCGGGCGGGUACUCGGGUCUCCCCGGCCUCUCCCGACCCGGUAACCCGUACCAGUACCCCGGUAACCUGAGGCCGUUCCUGAAGUACGUCGUUUCCCCCCCCGAGGCCCCCCCCGAGACGACGUCAGCCAGGCCGGAUGUCAGUACGACGCUUUUCCCGGCAAUUUUGCCCUCGAAUCGACCCUUCUGGCCUCCCUAUCUGAGUCGUCCCGGGGUUUCUAAGCCUGAUACCACUACCACUACUACCACAACUACUACCACUGCACGGCCUUAUAUUGAGCCUCUAAGGGCGACGAUCCGCAUCAACGCCACGGAAUUCGCGCCCCAGUCGACCAUCCGCAUCCCCUGCGAGGUCAGCGGGUUCCCGACGCCGAGGUUGACCUGGUUCAAGGACGACGUCGAGGUCACGAGCACCGGGAGAUUCUCUGUUGAAGACGACCACCCUCGUCAUCCAGGCAGCUGACGAGGACGACUCCGGAUUCUACCGCUGUGUGGCCGAGAACGACUUUGGGAAGGCGGAUAGUUCCACGCCCGUAUCCGUGCGAGGUGGGU